AUUUCGGCUAUCUCACUCUCUCUCUUUCUCUAUUUAAGGCAGGCAGGCUAAAGGUAGAACUGUAGAAGCCAAUCUCGAAAGUCUCCGACACACUCUUAGAUUUUUCUCUUUCUCCUUCUUCUGGCCAUGGCUAUGGCAAAACGUGUAAUGUUCACCACUCUUAUGGCCAUACUUGUAAUGACAUCUCAAGGAAGAGUUCAAACAGAAGGAGGAGAGAAAGAAGCUGAGGCAGACCGAAUUACGUCACUUCCCGGUCAGCCUAACGUCACGUUCGAGCAGUUUUCCGGCUAUGUCACCGUUGAUAAACCCUCCGGAAGAUCACUCUUUUAUUGGCUCACCGAAGCUUCUCACCUCCCUCUCGCCAAACCUCUUGUAAUUUGGCUCAACGGAGGACCGGGAUGUUCGUCGGUAGCGUACGGUGCGUCGGAGGAGAUUGGACCAUUCAGGAUAAGCAAAGGUGGGUCUGGUUUGUAUCUCAAUAAGUUCGCGUGGAACUCAAUCUCCAAUCUCUUGUUCCUUGAAGCUCCCGCCGGCGUUGGUUUCUCUUACACUAACCGUUCCUCUGAUCUCUUCAACACCGGUGAUCGUCGUACCGCCAAAGAUUCACUUCAGUUUAUUAUUCAAUGGCUUCACCGGUUCCCGAGAUACAACAACCGGGAAAUCUACAUCACCGGCGAGAGCUACGCCGGACAUUACGUUCCUCAGCUCGCUAGAGAAAUCAUGAAUUACAACAAACGAUCCAAGACUCCCAUCAAUCUCAAAGGAAUCAUGGUUGGAAACGCGGUGACGGACAAUCACUAUGAUAACCUCGGAACGGUGUCGUAUUGGUGGAGCCAUGCGAUGAUCUCCGAUAGAACGUAUCAUCAGUUGAUAAACACUUGCGAUUUUAGUCGCCAGAAGGAAUCUGAUGAAUGCGAAACCCUUUAUUCUUACGCUAUGGAGAAGGAGUUUGGUAACAUCGAUCAGUACAACAUCUAUGCACCGCCGUGUAACAAGUCAAGCGACGGUGGUGGCUACACUGGUUCUUAUGGCCGCCGUAGUAUGCGGCUUCCUCACCUUCCUCACUCCGUAUUGAGGAAAAUUUCAGGGUAUGAUCCAUGUACCGAGAGAUAUGCAGAGAUUUAUUAUAACCGGCCUGAUGUUCAGAAAGCUCUUCAUGCUAACACCACUAAGAUCCCGUACAAAUGGACAGCUUGCAGUGAGGUGCUAAACCGGAAUUGGAACGAUACAGAUUCAUCGGUUCUUCCUAUAUACCGGGAAAUGAUUGCUGGCGGGAUUAGAGUUUGGGUUUUCAGUGGUGACGUUGAUUCAGUUGUACCAGUGACGGCUACUAGAUACUCACUAGCAAGACUUAGCUUGAGUACCAAAGUUCCUUGGUAUCCUUGGUAUGUCAAGAAACAGGUGGGAGGAUGGACGGAAGUGUACGAAGGACUAACGUUCGUGACGGUGAGAGGAGCAGGUCACGAGGUGCCAUUGUUCAAGCCACGUGUUGCUUUUGAGCUUUUUAAGUAUUUCUUGAGAGGCAAGCCACUUCCAAAGGCUUGAAAAUAAAUAUAUUUAAGUCAAGAGAGAUUGUUAACAUUUGAAAUCAUGCCCGAGAGAAAAGAAAAUGUAAAGUUUGGGUUAUGAGAUGGUAUUUAAUUAAAACUAGUCUAUUAAUGACAACAAGUAUUUAAUCUAUGAUUGUUUUUAGUC